GCAUUCUAAUGCUACUCUGUUCCUGUGUGUAGGCUCACCUUCGUUCUCUUCAUUGACUACGCCUUCAGGAAGUCUGUGUGAUGUGGCAUAUUAUCAGUGGUGUUGUGUGGGCAGCAGUCAGGGGAUGACUGAUUAAUGUGACAAAUAACUAAGUAAGCUUUCUCUGCUUAGGGUGCUCACAAGCUCAUAAGGUACUCAAUUAAAACUCAACUCUUAAUAUAUUCUUGUCACAGAGGUGAAGAACCCAAGACCCUCAGAGCAUGCCAAGUUAAAAGCAUCUUAUAUGUCUCAUAUCAUCUUAUAAAUUAAAAUGCUGUUAAAAUACUACUAAAAUGAAUUAAAAUGCUUAGUGGCCUUAAACAGUGUAGUUAUUAAAAGAUAGUUCAUCCAAAAAUGAAAAUUCUGAUAUUAAUUACUUAAUAUCAUGUCGUUCCAAACUUGUAAGACCUUCGUUCAUCAAUUGAAAUAUUUUUGAUGCAUUCCGAGAGCAAGGAAAACAAAAAUAACAGCUUUUUUUCCAACAAUUUGUCUCCUCCGAGUCAUCCUAUAGCUCUGUUUUGGAGAGUGUCACAUAUGUAAAUAACGCAUGCUGUCAUGUUGCACGAACGCUAUACACGGAUACACUGUUGUCAUUAUUUACACUUUGAUCUGAGAGGGCCAGAGAGCUCUCGAAAUCCAUCAGAAAUAUCUGACGGUGAGCAAUUAAUGACAUCAUUUUUUUUUUUGUUGCUAAACUAUCACUUCAAUACUAUGUUAAUAUAUUAUACUGCAUUACUAACUUUAUUACUGAAGUGUAUAUACAAUAUUUAAUUAAAUGCAAUUAGUGCUGAUGCCAACAUUUUUUUAGGCUUUUUGAGCUUUGUGUCAUUUACCAGCAUGGUUUGAUGUACUUAAACUCUAUCUUGCAGCCUCCCAUGACUUAUUCUUUGCAUUUUUAAAGGAAGCCUAUCUCUUUUUAACUGGUAACGUUCCCCUUGAUGUCUGUUAUCACAAUGUUGUCAUCACCGAAUCUGCUGUUUGCUCACAGGAAUUCGCACUGAGCUUCCACCCAAGUUUUCCACAGCCCUGUUCUUUUUUACAGAGCAGACAUGGGAACGUCAUUAUCUAAACCCUUCUCUGAGUGAGGCCUAUGGCUGGCAAGCUUCCACUGAGCCUCACAAACUUCCUCCCACUAUUUACUGCGGUCUGGCGGACGGUGAAAUAAUGUUUAAGAACGGAAUAUCCCAGAAGUCUUAAAACCAUUUACCUAAUAUACCUAAUGCUCUAGAAAAUCAAAUCUGGCUUAAACCCCUGUACCACGGAGGUGGAAAAAAAACGGCGUUUUUUUCCACUGAUAGCUAACCUCUAACUUUGAAAUUUGUGUCAAGCUUUGCGUUUUUGCUUAAUCUACCUCAGUCUCCUCCUGAAGCAAAGCCUCUUCUGAAGAACAAUACUCCAGGAAUGUUUGAUCCCAUCACUGCAGCUCAUUCAUUUCCUCCGCUCAGUCAUCCUUCCCUUUGGGUACACAGUGCAUCGUUCAAACUCCAUUACCCUGCCCGUAUUCCCCAGUGUUGGAAUUUGUUUGACUAUUGUGCCAGCAGGCAGAUUAAUUAUACAUCUACUCUAUUUCUAAUAUCCUCCCUCUUACUUGCCCUACAGUCUGUAAUGUUCCAGAGCAAGGUGAGAGACCUUGUUCUCUCAUUUGCGCUCUGGGUGUUAAUUAGCAGGUUGUUAGUUAGGAGAUCUCUAUCAGUGAAACUAGCCAGCAGCUAUUUGAACAUCUGGCUGCUUUAUUUUUAUGUGAAUUAGACCCCGAGGUAUGCUGUUUGUCUAAUGUUUUCUGCUCUAACUGCCUUCUCUUAGUCGGCAAUUAAUUAGUUUGUCUGCAUAUUGUACAUGUGAAGAAGAGUCUUGCAUGUUUAUUUUUCGUAAUAAACUGUCUGUCUUUAAAAAUGUCGGUAGUGAGUUUGGUCAAAUCUGCAUGAGGAAAAUAUUGUGAAUUUGUGUGUGAAUUUCUAAUGAAAUGCCUGGAUUUUGCACAUAGGAAAUUCACAGAACAAUGGUAAAUGUGAUAUGAGCAGUAUUUUGAAAGCUUGAAAACCAAAUUUUUGGGGUAUUCAAGCUUUCAAAGAGAAUCAGUUGUCAGAUCUGGGAAUACAGGAGUUGGCAGUUAUGAAUCCUUAUAUUUCAUUUAGGAAAUUAUAUAACAUGUAUUUGAAUUCAAGCUUAGUAUUCUUAGCUUUAAUUGAUUCAUCUGCAGCAAUUAAAUAUUACAAAGUUUACUCAUCUUGUCCUGUUCUCUGGAGUGUUGUAUUUUUGCUCUCCCAGUGGCGUAUUUCUGCUUAGCUUUGCUGCCUCUAAUGUUAAUUGCGUUUCCACUCACCCUGCUUAUCUGACUGAUAUUUCACAACCGGGGACAUUUCAACACAUCUUCUAGUUUUGGUUAACAUUUUUCACACAGGCCGUGAUUCACCUCCCUCUGUUUUUGCACAACUCACUCUUAUUCUCUCAUUCCUAUUGGCCUAUUGCUUCCUGUUGUGACCUGGUGCAUUAUGGGAGCUGAACCGGGUGCAUCUGGUGGAAGGGCCGUCUCCUGAGUCAGCCUCUUGCAUGAAUAGGCCUGCCACACGGGAAUGCGCUCCUACAUUUACAAUAAGAAUUCUCUGAUUGGCUCGCAGGCCGAGCACUGUGGCAUGAGGACCUAUUUCUUCAGCGCCGACACACAGGAGGACAUGAAUGGCUGGAUCCGGGCCAUGAACCAGGCUGCACUGAUGCAGAGCCAUGGCGUGAAGAGAGAAGCCGAAAGAAGCUUCAAACCUGAGCAGCAUGCAGUCCCACAGAGCAACCAUUUCAGCAGCAGCAUUAAAAGCUCCUCCCAGGCCGAGGGCCUCCAGCAGACAGCACAUGUAGAGGUGGCAGAGCUGAGGCCGGAGAGAGAUGGGGAGGACUGCUAUGUUUACAGCAAGGAAGUGUUCGAGGAUCCUGUUCAAAUCUCCUCUGGAGAGAUGGAGAUGGAAGGGAUUUCCCAAUCAGGUGCCCAUUCUCGCCCAAGUUCUACAGUGCCCACUCACAGGAACGGGCUGCCCCCCACAGGCAUACCUCCUGAUCAGAACGGGAACGUGGUGUAUAAGAGGGGCCUUGUUCCCCGAACAGACACAGAGAAAAAGGUACAAAGAAAAACUGCGCUGGCUCAGGUCGAGCACUGGGUGAAGGUGCAGAAAGGAGACCCCAAAAGCCAUCCCACUGCUGAGUACACCCUACCCAGACGGACACCACCUCUCCAGCCUAAGUCCGUCAUGAUGGAGACGUACCAGUCGUUGCCAAAGACCACUCGCCACCACUCCGGAGGCAGUUCCCCACCAGUGCCCCGCAACCUGCCUAGUGACUACAAGUAUGCCCACGACCGUCUUAGUCACUUCCGUAUGUCCACUGAUGAGCGAUUGGCCACUAAAGAGGGCAUGGUGUGGCAGCUGUACGAGUGGCAGCAGCGCCAGCAGUUCCGCCAUGGGAGCCCCACUGCACCAAUCUACACCGGCCCUGACUACAUGGACACGUCUGCCUUCAGAGUUACUUUGGAAAUGCCACGAUCCAUAUCUGUGCCACCAUCACCAUGUGACAUACCCCCACCCGGCCACCCCUCCAAGUCCUUGUCCCCACGUAGGCCCCACACGCCCGCAGACAGGGUGACGGUACGCCCGCUGGAUGACUUCGCCACCGUAGACACUCCCAGUUUGGGUUCUCCCAGAGGAAUAUGUUCCCAGAUCUCAAAGACCUCACAAAUAGAGAGAAGAUCCAUGCCAACAAUGGGAUACAUCACACACACAGUCAGUGCGCCGAGUCUGCAUGGAAAAACGCCGGAGGAGUUGACCCUGCUGCUCAUCCAGCUCAGGAGACACCGGGCCAAGAUGGCCAGCGUGCGCAGCGACACAUUCACACACCUGCAGAACCAGCACAACGGCCUCUCGGGCCCCAGUUUGCAGGCAGAUGACACUUACAUCCAGCUGAAGAAGGACCUGGAGUAUCUAGACCUGAAGGUGGGCUCUAGUGGAUCUGCCUUCACCUACCUCCUCCUCUCAUCUUCUCCCUCUCUCCUCAAGGUCACUGGACGCGACUCGCUUAAAGAUCGACCACCUCGGCCGGUUAAAAUAGCUGAAAGUGACAUAGAUGUAAAGCUUAGUAGGUUAUGUGAGCAAGACAAGAUCCUACAGGAGCUGGAGGCCAGGAUACGCACACUCAAAGAAGAUAAGGACAAGCUCGAGUCAGUUCUGGAUGUUUCCCAUCAGCAGAUGGAGCAGUACCAGGAUCAGCCCUCCCAUGCAGAGAAGAUUGCCUAUCAACAGAAACUGUUACGGGAGGACGUGGUCCACAUCAGAGCGGACAUCUCACAGGUGUCCACGGAGAUGGAGAACGCUUGGGCAGACUACAGCCAAUUGGAGAGAGAUGUGGACAGACUGCGUUCAGCCCUUCAAGACCAGAUGACCUACAGUGCUCUCUCUCAGCAGGAGAAAUCUCAGCUGAGGAAAGAGCUGUGGCGAAUUGAGGACGUGCUUGCAGGCCUGAGCUCCAGCAAAGCCAACUACAAAGUGACCAUUGACUCUGUUCGUAAUCCAGGUGAGAGUGGGCCUCUGCCUGCCAUCACCCCCAUGCACUGGAACCCAGACCGAGAGAGGAAACUCGUGCCUUCAGCGUCAUUGUCCGCAGUGCCUUCUCUCUCUGUGAGCCCAUCCAUGGGUGAACUGAAAACUGCUCAGCCCAGCCCCCAUCUCAGCCCUGUGCUGUCAACCCAGCAGCCCUUGCAGCUCUUACAUACAGUGCACAAGCCAAAAUGGCCUGAAGAAGAUGCUCCACCCAGACCCCCUCUUCCUCAACUUUACAGUCCAGACGAACACCCCCCGGCUGUGCCCCCUCUCCCCAAAGAGACCUCGGUCAUCCGCCACACAUCAGUCCGGGGCCUGAAACGACAGUCUGAUGAGCGGAAACGUGAUCGGGAGACCGGACAGUACCCUAAUGGAGACCAUAAGGUUGAGAUACGAGCGUUCCUGAGUGAGCCUGAACUGCUGGCAGUUGGUGGCUUGAGCCGUGACAGUGGCUACCAAACUCUACCAAACAGAGGUUUGACAGGCUCAUCUUCAAGACUGAACCAGUCAUCAAACAUUUCAUCAUUUGUCACCAUCAGAAGAGGACUCACCACCACAAGCUUGAAGGAGAGACCAAAGAGUGCCUUGGAGCGGCUGUACUCUGGGGAACCCGUGCAGCAGCGCGGCCGCAUGAGCGCCGAAGAACAGCUGGAAAGGAUGAAGCGGCACCAAAAGGCCCUCGUACGGGAGCGCAAGAGAACGCUCAGCCAGGGCGAGCGGCAGGCAUCUUCGUCUCGUGCUUCCUCCUCCUCCACAUCCAGACCUGUGUCUGCAGACCUAGGAUCAUGGAGGAGAGAGCAGGACUUUGAUUUGCAGCUUCUGGAGCGGGCCGUGCAGGGUGAAGAGAGACCAGUCGAGCACAAAGAGAGACAGCGCUCUCAUUCAGACGAAUGGCUCACUCUGAGCAGCACACCCAUGAGAGAACUAGAUCUAGAGCCUUUGGACUACCAGCUGGACCUCAGCAAAGAGCUGUCAAAGCCACAGAAGGUUGCCAUCCCUGAGCGCUAUGUGGACAUGGAUCCAGAAGAGCCCCUCAGCCCUCAGGAAAUGGAGGCCAGACAUCGUAAAGUGGAAAGAAUCAAGAGCAUCCUGGCUAAGUCUAGUGUCCAGAAUAUACCUGCUCCAGCAGCUGUAGACAAGCCGGUGCUGCCGGACAUAGACUCAGCUCUACAGGAGCAAGAGAGAAUCAUCACCAUGUCCUAUGCCUUAGCAUCAGAGGCCUCGCUCAAGAGCAAACAAGUGGCAGCCUCACCGCCGGUUAACAGUCCCACCUCACUCCCUCAGCCUCCUCCACCUCCUCCUCUUCCUCCCCCUGCUCCCGUUGCCGUCUCUACGGCUCAGUCUGUUCCCUCUCCCUUGAGCAAUGGAUUUCACUACACCUUUGUCUAAUCAGAGAAAAAACAAAAGAGAAGGAGGGUGGAGAGUGUUUACCUGUCUACUAUUUAGUAAGCCAAAGCUGUGUCUGGAUAUUGAGGUGCUGUCCCAUUCUGAAAACCCCAACGAACUUAAACUCAGCUUGUCGAAUCACAUCGCUCAUACUUAGAGAUGACCUUAGCGCACUUUUGGACUCACAUGGGAACUCACUUCUGAAAUGCAUUUUUGUAGAGCUAUUAUUUGAUAUGGACUUUUUGCUGUGGAAACUGCUGUGCAUAUGCUGUACAAAAUCUAACCAUGAUAACCCAGAUAUAGAGAGCCAUUUUAUAUACAUUACUGCACUUUUAAUAUGCACCGUAUUGUAGAGAACAUUCAAAGCUCAUGUUUUACUUCUCGAGGCAAGACAGAUGUUUGGACGGAGUUCAGUUUGAAAACAACGGUAACGUAAUGGCAACAAAAAAAAAAAAAAGUAUUAUACAUGUGUAACGCAUUAUGAACAUGAACGGUACAGAAAUGUCAUGUCGAUUGUAUUUUGUCAAUUCAGAUGAUAUUCUUACACCAAAUCACUUGAAAUAUUAUUUUUAUGUAUCCAGCACUGCCAGUUUCCAGUUAGCUUGCCAAAUGCAUUUUAUUUUUGUUGACAAAGUUAAGGAAAAAAAAUAACAUUAAAUAAUAUUUUCAGACAGGAUUUGUGGGGAAGGGGUCGGGGAGGGAAAUGUCACAUACUUUUUUAAAAGAAACUGUAAAUAUUAAAGAUAUUAACAAGC